AUGGGAAAACGGGGAGCCAAGUGGGCGCUGGUCGCGUCUCGAGUGGCCGGCGCGCAAAAGCUUUUAAACCAGCUCGCCCUCACUAACCGGCGUGUGGGCAAGACGCUCCAACUGUCGCUUUUCCUGACAAAAGCUCUGGUGGCCCGGACAGCUUCCGCAACCGCGACUGCGCCUAAAAACAGGACGGCUGGACCCAGCCAUCGUCGUAAUUCUAAUAAUAUUGCUAGACUCACGCCGCAGGGGGCACUUCUUUUGCACCUGGUCCAGCCCUGCCUCGAGCUUGCCCCGUGGAUUUACACUCUUGUUUCCCUCGUCCGACUUCCCUUCUUUCCUCUCCCGGCUCUCACACAUGCAAUGGCGUCUUAUGCGUACAGCACUUCCAGCUCCGACAUUUCAACACCUCGGUCGAUCUCCCCCUCUUCCUCCGUGGCGUCAGGCCGGUCAUCGCAAUCAUCUAUAUCUAGCUCCAAGCGCAUCUCCAUCUCGUCCACCCGCAGGAUCUCCGCUGCCAACCCAAUGUCUUCCGUCGACAUCAACUCUAUUGAAGAAGCUAUGAGAAUGGCGAAUCUCGACACUCUUCGCGGCUACAGCCAAAACCAUUACGGUGAGGUGCAUCAGGAGACCAACACCGAAUACCUGGGCCAGACACAGGCUCUUGGCUACCAGGUGCUCACCGAACCAAUGUGGAAUAAAGGCCUCUCUUUCACUCCGGAGCAGCGCAUCGCCAAGAACCUGACGGGUUUGAUCCCGCACGUCAUGGAGGACAGCAGCAAGCAGUGCGAGCGUGCGCUCAAGAUGAUCCGGACUCGGCAAACGAACAUUGACCGGUACCUGUACCUGUCGUCACUCAAGGGCCAGAACGUAGACCUCUUCUACCGCCUGCUCAUUGAUAACGCAACCGAGCUGAUGCCGCUCGUGUACACGCCCACUAUUGGCGACGUCUGCCUCCAAUACUCUACUUUGUACACGCGGCCGGAGGCGUUAUACAUUUCCAUUAAGCAACGGAAAUCGAUGAAGACCAUCCUCAAGAAUUGGCCGUAUCCGAACCCGGAGAUUUGCGUCGUCACAGACGGUUCCCGUAUCCUCGGUCUGGGCGAUCUUGGCGUGAAUGGCGUUGGCAUUCCGAUUGGCAAGCUAGCGCUGUACACGGCGGCUGCCGGCAUCCGCCCAGAACGGACGCUGCCGAUUGUCCUCGACUGCGGCACGGCCAACGAGACAAAUCUUAAGGACCCACUGUACCUUGGCCUGCGCGCAAAGCGCCCUUCUGUCGCAGAGCAGCAAGAAUUCAUGGACGAGUUCAUGCAGGCUGCUGCUGAGGUUUACCCCGAGAUGGUAGUGCAGUUUGAAGACUUUGAGAGUGAAAAGGCCUUCAACUACCUCGACCGGUACCGCAACGGCUACAAAUGCUUCAACGAUGACAUCCAGGGGACUGGUGCCGUGGUGCUUGGCGGGUAUAUUGGAGCCGUCAACCUCUCGGGCGUUCCCAUCGAGGAGCAGCGCCUUGUCUUCAUGGGCGCCGGCUCUGCUGGUGUCGGUGUCGCGAAGCAGCUGGUUGAGUUCUACACCAAGCGCGGCUUGUCGGAACAGGCAGCGAAGGACAAGUUUUGGCUGGUUGACACCAAGGGCCUUGUGACCAAGGACCGUGGUGACAAGCUUGCUGAGCACAAAAAGUACUUUGCUCGUUCCGACAAUAACGGACACCAAUUCCGCAACCUGGAAGAGGUCAUUGAGUACGUCAAGCCCACCGCUUUGAUCGGCCUCACCGCCACCCACGGCGUCUUUACCGAGUCCGUUAUCCGCGCGCUCAAGGCGUCUGUGGAUGCGGGCGGCCUUGGCCGUCGGCCCAUCCUGUUCCCGCUCAGCAACCCCCUCACCAAGGCCGAAUGCACUUUCGAGCAGGCCGUGACGUGGACUGACGGAACCGCCAUCUUUGCUUCCGGUUCGCCCUUCUCGGCCUUCACCGUUAAGGGUACGGACAAGCCUAUCACGUACUACCCCAACCAGGGCAACAACGUUUACGUGUUCCCUGGUAUCGGUCUUGGUACGAUUCUUUCCAAGUCCAACCGCGUGACCGACAACAUGAUCUACACAUCGGCAGCUGCCCUGGCUGGCUCGCUCAACGCCGAGGAAAUCCACAAGGGCCUUAUCUAUCCUCGCAUUGAGCGUGUCCGCGAGGCCAGCCUCAUCGUCGCCCGCGAAGUCAUGAAGGCCGCGCGCCGUGACGGCGUCAGCCAGCUGCCGGAAGAGCAAUGGCUUGAGUGGGAAGAGUGGGGUGACCCGGCUCUGGACAAGUACAUCAAGGCCCGGAUCUACGAUCCCGAGCUCUAG